AUUGCCGAACAAGCGGAACGUUAUGAUGGUAAUGUAUCACUUUAGAAAAAAACAAUAUUCUGAUAUAUGCUUCUCUUAAAGAAAUGGUUUCUUGUAUGAAAGACGUUGCCAAGUUGGAUGUUGACUUGACUGUCGAAGAACGUAACUUGCUUUCUGUUGCAUACAAGAAUGUGAUUGGAGCACGUCGCGCAUCCUGGCGUAUUGUUUCAUCUAUUGAGCAAAAAGAAGAAGUCAAAGGCCAUGAAGCCCAAGUUACAAAAAUCAAAGAAUACCGAAACAAGAUUGAACAGGAACUCUACGAUGUCUGUAGUGACAUUCUUAGCUUAUUGUCUGACCAUUUGAUUCCCUCCGCACAAGAUGGGGAAGCCAAGGUGUUUUAUUACAAGAUGAAGGGUGACUAUCAUCGUUAUGUUGCUGAAUACGCUACAGGUGAAGCACGCAAAGAUGCUGCUACAGCUGCUCAUGAAGCCUAUAAGUCAGCUACAGACGUUGCCCAGGUCGAAUUGGCCACAACACACCCUAUUCGUCUCGGUCUUGCUCUAAAUUUCUCUGUCUUUUAUUAUGAGAUUCUAAACUCACCCGAUCGUGCUUGUCACUUGGCAAAACAAGCCUUUGAUGAUGCUAUUGCUGAAUUGGACACUCUAAGUGAAGAAUCUUACAAGGACUCGACCCUUAUUAUGCAGUUAUUAAGAGACAAUCUGACUUUAUGGACUUCAGAUCUUCAAGAAGGUAAUGUAUAAGAAAGAAAGAGAUUAUGAUGUAUUGUAUCUUACAAUACUCUUACAGGAGAAGCUGAUAAGGGCGAAGAAACAAAGCCAGCAGC